AUUUGUUUAGCCCAUGUGUUCAAAGCCAUUGAGGAUGUGCACUGCCGCUGAAUGAAUGAUGGGAAGUUCUUUUUUUUUUUUUCACAAACUUCUUUGGCAAUUGUCAGUAGGGAGGUGUGGCAAUCAAGCUGCAGCUGUCUAUGUCUUUACUGACAGAGAGGAUUAACAACCUCAGUUUGGUUACAGAGCUAAUGACAGUUACUGCUGCUGAAGACUAACUGAACACACACUCAGCAACUAAAGGUUAUAAAAAAAUGUCUGCUUUAUUGUUGCUUCUUCCUAUGGUUGUAUGUUUGUGGCGAAUACCAGGUGUUGGUGCUAGCGAUAUCAAUUCUGCAUGUGGACACUGUAAUAAAGAAGCGUGCAGCCCCGUAACUUGUGCAGUCCCCGAGUUGGUCACCAAGGACGAAUGCAACUGUUGUGAGAUAUGCCUCAGCAUCGAAGGAGAAGAGUGCGGAGGACGAGAUGAGUUACGUGCCCGUUGUGCUCCGGGUAUGGUCUGCGUGAGCAGGUCCAGCACUGGCAGUGGGUCAUCUUCAUUUCGUGAGGGUACAGGGGUCUGCUUGUGCGAAGAAGAUGGUGCUGUGUGUGGCUCAGAUGGGAAGACACACUCCAGCGUAUGCAUCCUGCGUUUACACAGCUUGAAGUCUCAGCACUCUGGCCUGAAUUCCAUUCAUAAGGUGCAUGACGGAGAAUGCAUGUUUGGUGAGUAUUCAUGAUUUUUAUGGAAAAUCGUAUUUCUGCCAUCUUCCUGUUAAUGCUUAUUUUAGAAAGUAUUUUGAAAUGUUUAUAACUUUUAAAUCUAUUGUUUAAAUGCCUAGGAACUUUCAAACAAAUCCUAAGCCUGACACUUUUCAACAUAAAUAACCUUUGAAUAGCAAUCACAUCACUAAUUGCAGUCAAAUAAGUAUAAUGAUAUUCAACUGCUUUGUUUUCAGGACUUUUAGAUAGACUUGAACACGUUCCAUGUUUUAAAGCAAAUCAGUGCACAAUAUGAAGGAUUAAACAUUGCGGACCAUCAUCUCGAAGAUUAUUGAAUCAAUUUUCUUCUGUCUGUCAAAUUAAAUUUUGUUAUCCUCAUUACUUACUGUUCUGCAUGACUCUAUGGUAUAAUUCAGUUAUACGAAUAACUAGUUUGAUGUUGCCACGUUCUUCAUAUUCUUCCAAUUCUCAAUGAGACUGAUAUAUAAGCCCUUUGAUUCCACACCAAAUACUGAAGUAUUGGUAGAAAGUUUGUGAUUCUUGGAACUUGAUAAACUACAACACCCAUGACCCUCAACAAAUGUGUGAAUGACUGAGUACUGAGGAAUUUUGGUGAUGGUUACUUUGGGAAUCAUAGGUUUCUUGUCUCUUAUCUGACUUUGAGUGUGAAUACAGGGCAAGGUAUUAUAAUAUUGUUCCAGGAAAAUCCCGUUCUCAUAUGUUUGACCAUCUCAAUACAAGGUUUUGUAAUAUGUAAAGUAUUCAGGGCUUUGUUUGAUGUGGCUUUGUUUGAUGUUAUUAAGCCUGUACUACUGUUUUGCCAACUCUCCCAUGUAUCCUAGGACAGUUGCACUUUUUGGCCCCAAAAGCUCCGUUCUGCAAUUGUAUUCAUGGUGGCCACACAACAUGUCCUAUUAUCUGCACCCAGCUCAUAUCAAUAUGGAGAGGGUUGCUAUAUGACUUUAAAUGAGCUGAUUUGUCAGGUCGGUGCCACAAUGCUGAAGUGUCAGAUAGCAUGCUCCCUUGACAGCUUCUGUGCACCUGGAUAGCAGUGGAGCAUUAACUAGAAAAAAGAGCAGACACUGUAAAGGAUUUAGGUGGAUAGGAGGAUUGACUCUGGGGCAGAAGAGGGAUAUAAGUCUGGUCCAUAAGGGAGAAUUGAAACAGGUGAAGGAUGGUUGAGGGAGGUGGAAGAGCUUUGUGUGGGGUAUUUGGUAGGUAACUGUAUUUGGGCUAUUCCAGAGCUGCUUGCCAAUUAAACCUAAUGCAAUGUCUAAUGUCUGUGAGUGUAUCAUAUCCAUCAUUGUAGGAACCUACGAUAUCUUUUCACUAAGAAAAUCUGUGGCACCAGAAGAGCAUACUUCAAACGGUUUUGUACAGACAGAAUAGUUCACUACCAGUGGGAAUGUUGUAGUAGCAUUCUCCGUAGCAGUGGUGCACUGUAAUAUUGUUUGUGUGUAUCAUCUAUGAUGUAAGGUUUUUUUUUUUUUUCUUAUAGCGAAAGACUUAGGAUUUUUAAAGAUAAAGGAAUAUAUAUUUCCCACAGUUUAUUUAAGCAACCCGAUCUCAGUUUUGACUGCUCAUAUAAUUCAUAUAAUAUGCAGGGAUUUUUUUUAAAAGAAAAGUGUAGACAUUAUUAAUCAAAAAUUGUGUUUAAUAUAUUGUUUGUCUCCUUUUUGAAGCAAUAUAGAUAACAUAUUUAAUAUAUUUUUGUUUGUGUUUUUAAAAAAAAAAAAAAAAAACAUUUUAAAUAGAAUCGCAAAUGCACCACCAUUGGGGGGAGGAUUUUCCGCUCUGUUCCAACAAGAUUAUCUAAGAUAGAGAAAGGGUUAAAAUGGACAAAGAGAUGGAUACCAUCCCCCUAUCACCUUCGAUUCCUACACCUAUGCUAGCACAGAAUUAAAAAACAAUAAAACUCACAGUGAUGUGCUGUGUAUUCGCAGAGCUUUGGACAUCACUUUGUUUCCUAGAUGCUAUUCCUCCCAAAAAUAAUCUGGCAGUGCCCCUCUUUUUGUGGAUACUUUGGCUGAAUUGGGAAUGUUAGUGUACACUUGGUGCUAGAGGGCUGCAAACUUAUAAGGAACUCUAUCAGGAGAACAAUAAAAAGUUGAUCACCGAGUGAGGAUCCAUAGACACUUGGACUAUCGUAGCCACACAUGGGGGGGUGUAACUCUGGUACCAUACCUCUAAUGGUGGCAGAGCUCUGGGUGGCCAGGGAUCCUCAUUUAGUGUUAAACUGUUUGAAAGCAGUUUUAAAAAGAAACAUAAACUGAUGAUAGGGGGCACCAGGAACCAUAACCACUUUACUGAUGUGAAAUCAUUAUGGUGACUAGAGUUUGCCUUUAAAAACAUUAAAGAAAGAGCAUCAAAAAAUAUGUCAACAUAAGUAAUGGGUGAUUUUCAAUUUUUAUUCACUGGUGUUAUUUGCGAAAAAGUAACAGUUCCAUUUUAGAUAUACUAAGGCUUAUUGUUUAGUAUAGGGAAAAUAUAAGACUUGCAGGUCAUUAGGGUUACAGUCCUUAAUAUCUCAAUUGUUCAAUGUAUUAAUGGUCACUGAGAGUUCAGAGGUACUUAGAAUUACAGCAGAGGUAAAGUAUAAUUUGCAAAGACCACUGACAGUGACAUCACUGCAGGGGGUCCAGUGGCCGGGGGUAGGCAGGUAAAGGUGAGUUAAAGGAUCACUAUAGGGUCAGGAACACAAACAUGUAUUCCUGACCCUAUAGUGUUAAAGCCACCAUCUAGCCCCCCUGGGACCCUCAUGCCUACAUAAAUAUAGCAACAUCUUACUGUAUUCAAGACAGAAGCUGUAGAAAAAAACAAGCAGUCUGCUGACAUCAUCCGAAGUGGUAGUCUAAUCCAAUCACAGUGCUUCCCCAUAGGAUUGGCUGAGACUGACAAAGAGGCAGAUCCGGGGCAGAGCCAGCAUGAUUCAAACACAGCCCUGGCCAAUCAAUAUCUCCUCAUAGAGAUGAAUUGAAUCAAUGAAUCUCUAUGAGGAGAGUUCGGUGUCUGCAUGCAGAGGGAGGAGAUACUGAAUGUUUGGAUGCAUUUUAGGCAGCCACGACCCAGGAAGGAUCUUUAACAGCUAUCUAAGGUAUGGCCAGUGAAGUUAUCACUAGGCUGUCAUGUAAACACUGCAUUUUCUCUGAAAAGACAGUGUUUACAUCAAAAAGCCUGAAGGUAAUGAUUCUACUCACCAGAACAAAUUCAAUAAGCUGUAGUUGUUCUGGUGACUAUAGUGUCCCUUUAAAUAUAUCCCUUGCAGGCGCCCUCAUCUUCUUCCAGCUGAUGCUCUUAAGCACCAGGAGCCGAUGUCACUGCUGGACUCUUGCGCAGGCACAGGAGUACUGCAUUGAUGUCUAUGAUUCUCCAUAGAUAGUGCCAAUUCCCUGAAACUAUUACUGGUGAUGGCUGGGACACUGACAUUUCUAGAUGGAGUGGGCAAAUUACUGUAAUGUGUAAUAGUAUUCCCUAUUUUGUCACAGUAUAUCUUUUGACUGGGUUGGAAUUUCAAUGAAGUAUUUCAUAAAGAUUGUAUCUAUAAUUUCUAGGUGCAAUAUAGAACAUUGAAAUGUAAGAGAGAUGCUAUUCAUCUUGAAGGUCUAUCACCUACAAUGCCUUGCAAAAUUAUUCACCCCCCUUGGCAUUGUUUGUGUUUUGUUGUCUCACAACCAGGAAUUAACAUGGAUUGUUUGAGGAUUUGCAUCAUUUAAUUUACAGAACAUGCCCACAACUUUGAAGAUUCUUUUAUUUUUUUAUUGUGAAGCAAACAACAAAUAGGGCAAAAUAACAGAAAAAGUCAAUGUGCAUAACUAUUCACCCCCCCUAAAGUCAAUACUUUGUAGAGCCACCUUUUGUCUCUAUGAGCUUACCACAUCUUACCUCUGGGAUUUUUGCCCAUUCUUCCUUGCAAAACUGCUCCAGCUCCUUCAAGUUGGAUGGUUUGCGCUUGUGAAUAGCAAUCUUUAAGUCAGACCACAGAUUUUCUAUUGGAUUGAGGUCUGGGCUUUGACUAGGUCAUUCCAACACAUUUACACGUUUCCCCUUAAACCACUCAAGUGUUGCUUUAGCAGUGUGUUUGGGGUCAUUGUCCUGCUGGAAGGUGAACCUCCGUCCUAGCCUCAAAUCACGCACAGAGUGGUACAAGUUUUGCUCAAGAAUAUCCCUGUAUUUAGCACCAUCCAUCUUUCCCUCAACUCUGACCAGUUUCCCAGUCCCGGCUGCUGAAAAACAUCCCCACAGCAUGAUGCUGCCACCACCAUGUUUCACUGUGGUGAUGAUGUUCUCUUGUUUUCUAGCGUUUUCUUUGAUGGACAAAAAGUUCAAUUUUAGUCUCAUCAGACCAAAGCACCUUCCUCCAUACAUGUCUUUUCGCAAACUCAAAACGUGCCAUUUUGUUUUUUGCUGACAGUAAUGGCUUUCUUCUGGCCACUCUGCCAUAAAGCCCAAUUCUAUUGAGCGUAUGGAUUAUUGUCGUCCUAAGUACAGAUCCUCCAGUCUCCGCUGUGGAACUCUGCAGCUCCUCCAGGAUUACCUUAGGUCUCUGUGCUGCCUCUCUGAUUAAUGCCCUCCUUGCCCAAUCCAUGAGUUUUGGUGGGCGGCCAUCUCUUGGAAGGUUUGUUGUUGUGCCAUGUUCUUUCCAUUUGGUUAUGAUAGAUUUGAUGGUGCUCCUGGGGAUCAUCAAAGAUUUGGAUAUUUUUUUUAUAACCUAACCCUGACUUGUACUUCUCAAAAACAUUGUCCCUUGCUUGUUUGGAGAGUUCCUUGGUCUUCAUGGCAGUGUUUGGUUAGUGGUGCCUCUUGCGUGUUGCAGCCCCUGGGGCCUUUCAAAAAAGGUGUGUGUAUGUAAUGACAGAUCAUGUGAAUCUUAGGUUGCACACAGGUGGACAUCAUUUCACUAAUUAUGUGACUUCUGAAGGUAAUUGGUUGCACCAGAGCUUUUAAUGGGCUUCACAACAAAGGGGGUGAAUACAUACGCACAUGCCAAUUUUCUGUUUUCUAUUUCUAACAAAUAGUUUUAUGUAUAUAUUUUUUUAAUUUAACUUCACCAACUUAGACUAUUGUGUUCUAAUUCAUCACAUAAAAUUCAGAUUAAUAAAACAUUGAACUUAAGGCUGUAAUGUAACAAAAUAGGUAAAAAGUCAAGGGGGGUGAAUACUUUGCAAGGCACUGUACAUGACAGUUCUUGAAUUGUAGACUUACGUACAAUGAACAGUUAGAGCUGAUUUACUCUACUUACUGAAUAGCAAUUUCCCCUUUGACUUCAAGUGAGAAAAUGGUAUUUAAUAAGUAGUGUAAACCCUUGCUUGAUCCCGGCUCUUUUUGUUAAAAAGAAAAACUAAAAAGAAACACAGACCUUAUAACAGAAUUAUAGAUGGUAAGUUAUUUAAUGUAUGCAUUCUAAAAGAAACAACUAAUUUUAAUGUAUUCUAAUUUAAUGAGUGCAGUCCCAUUGAGGGAUGCAGAAAAGACUCCAUACCCGCAGGAUUAUUUAGUGUGCCAUCUGCCAUCUUACUAGUUCUUACAAUAGAGGUGACCUUGUUCCCUACAUCUCCUGCCUGAUUUAUGUUUAAUAAGUGAUCCCAAGUCCCUGGGGCUUGCACAUAUUAAUUAUUAAUGAUGUUGCCAUUUGCAGUUAUUGCUGAACAUGAACAUAUAUGUAUUUUAUACCAGUGUUUUUAUUGAUCACUUGUAUUUUCUUAAUAUAUAAAUAUAUUAAAGGGUUAUGCCAAGUAUCAUAACCACUACAGACCACUUUAGUGCUUAUGAUGCCAGGAGUACUCUGGCGCCAUUCUCCGGUAAUAUUGAUCACUUGUAUUUAAAUAAUAUGUAGACAUAUUAGCGAUGUACUCCAAGCAUCAUAACCACUACAGCCCACUGUAGUGGUUAUGAUGCAGGAGUACCCUAGUAAUAAGGCAAGCCAUUUUGCAACAAUUUGCCCUCUUACCUAGAUCCCCCUGGGCUUUCGAGCAGAGUUAACGACAACAUGUUUAGCUGCAGGUAAGUAGAAAAUAUAAAAAUAUGAAUAAUUAUUAGCACAAAGACAUUUGAAAUCGGAUUAUAGUGUAUAGAUACAAUAUAGUAAGAAUAGCAAUAAUAAUACAUAAGAUUACAAAACUCAUACCGGCUAUGGCUAUAUUUUGCUUUAUGUUUUAUUUUUAUUCAUAGAUGCUACAUACUCAAAGUUUUUAUUAUUCCUACCACGGAGUUAUGAGCUGUUUAUUAGUGAUAUUCCAAUAGCAUAUUAUGUUUUUAAAAGGACACUCUGGACUCUAAAAGCACUUCAGCUGUAUGUCUUUUUUAUAUUUUACAAAAAGUGCAUAUUUCACUAGCGAUCGACACUUUUGUAAACUAACCUUGUUACACUCCCCCUUCUAUCAAUCACACAACAGGCCCUGCUCAUUCCUGGUUGUUUAGCUCAGUGGUGUUAAACUCAAGAGGUAGACAAUUGCUUUUUUCCAGUGCCAGGCUCCUUCGGCGCUGGGGACUCUCCUCCCUCUUUUUCCGUCACCGGCUGAAUGCGCAUGCGCAGCAAGAGCCGCUCGCGCAUUCAGCCAGUCCAUAGGAAAGCAUUCUCAAUGCUUUCCUAUGGACGCUGGCGUCUUCUCACUGUGAAAAUCACAAUGAGAAGCGCGGAAGCGCCUCUAGCGGCUGUCAAUGAGACAGCCACUAGAGGCUGGAUUAACCCAUUUGUAAACAUAGCAGUUUCUCUGAAACUGCUAUGUUUACAGCAAAAAGGGUUAAACCUAGCUGGACCUGGCUGAAGUGGUCUGGGUGCCUAUAGUGGUCCUUUAAGGGUUAUUCCCUUUCUGAGAGCAUAGUUUAGGCGACCGCCCUCCAAUUUCGGAGGUUGGAUGCCAUGGCACCCUUUCUCCCUAUUGUGGAGCAAUAGUUUCUCCCUAUUGUUUCUUUGAUUAUACUUUUGCAAAUAGUAUGCCAUGAUGGGAAUAAUUCUCAUUCCUGGACUGCCGUAUGGUCUCAAUGGCAACAUGGGCCCAGCAAACCAAUGUAUAAAAACUGAAAUGGGCAAAGUCUUUAUUUGACCCUGUAACUUUCCAAAACACCAUGAAACAUGUACAUGGGCAUUGUUGUACUUAUGGGACAUGACAGCAUACAAAUAUGAAUAUUUUAUAGUAGUACAAGCAAACAGUAUUAUGACAUUCACAGUUAAAAUGCCAUGUAGGACUUGGAAAAGAACACAGUUUCAUAUAUAAAUAUUUGAUGUGAAAUAAAAACUCUAUUUCUCCUGAACAAGAUGAUAUAUAAUAAGUGUGGGUACACUUAAUACGAAAGAGAUACAUUUUGGUUGAACAGACAUAUAGCUCAAAUUCUAGGUAUUGUUUUGGUUCAGAACGUUUUUUUCUUCAUCAUUAAGAGGUUAAUCAGAGCUUCUGCCUUGCAAAGUCUUCUCAUUGAUCUCCAUUUGGACGUCUGAUGGGGCAGCCACAGGAAAUCUGGGCUGGAGAAGAAGGGAUUGAUGUGUCAGACCCUUAAAAAUAGACCAGUAUGACUCUAUUUAGGUAUGAUAGCUUGCAAAGGCUGCAAACACGAGAUCUGCAGUUUUUGCAAGCAAUUUGUAUAUAUAGCCCAAUUAAAAAAUAAAUGCAUGAUUAAAUGCAGCCAUGUUUUCAAUUUUUUUUCCAUUAAACUGUCCUUUUAAGAAGUCAGUGGUCUUCCAGUUGAGACAGCCAUAGUGUUGAGAGGCAGGUAGUGGUAAUGAAUUGAUAGUGAGGAAUUUUCUCUGUCAGGCCUUCUCCCUUGCCAUGGCCUUUUGUAUCAAUUUGUAACUCUCUGUAUUCCUCCUUGUCCCCAAACCAUAUGGUUAGAUGCCCCAAUGAACGAGAUAAGACAAAGUAAGAUUCAAAGUGACUUCUGAGCUUUUAAUGAGCCGUGUAACAGGUUUUAUACAGAAGGAAACAGGGGUGGUUGUUACAAGCAUUAUCCAAUCUUAAUAAAAUCAUCUAUCUUAUCUUAACAUCUUAACUUAUAGCAAGCUUGCAGGUGUAUCUUCAUGUUCGGACCUUGCACAAAGCUAAAUUUCACUAUAACCACGUACUCCAAAGUCAUAUGCAUGCGCACUAAGAACUAAAGAUAUUUACUACUCAGUUAUAAAAUCAUAUCACUAUACAGUUAUGAUCAAAGGGAGAAAAACAGGAAAUAAGGCCGACAGACAGAAGAAUACAGGAUAUAACACCUAUUUCUUGUUACAUGAUGUUCUACAGCUCUUAACACCUAUUACUUGUUACAUGAUAUUAUACAGCUCUUAAUUGCCUAGAGUAUAUUCACUAAGCAUUGGAUAAAAUACAUUAUUGCAAAUAGCUGACAUGUUAACCAAUUUUAAACAGACUGGCCAGCCGGUCAUCUGUAUCUUAAGCCCUGGGUAAAUAUAGGCAAAGUGUAUUAUUCCCAACAGUUCCCUCCUUCGUCCACGAAAUGGAACGCAAAUAGUCAAAGUGGGAAUAAUACCUAUCCCCCGUCCAUGGACUAGUGUCGAGGAUUACCAGUCCACCCGAUGAUCUGGGGCCAGGUCAAAAAACCCAGUGGCAAAAACUCAUAUGUGAGGAAAAAGCACAUCUGGGGAAACCCUGAAUGUGGGCCACAUCGUGUAGACAUGUCACCCCCUCACAGUUGACACCACUUGUGACGUAUUUUACUCGCACCUGUAAGUACAUAGCUCGGGUAUCGGGAGGAAUUGGGAAACACUUCUUGAUUUUUGAAAAGGCCCACUUACAUAUUAAAUCAUGAGAUAAAUUAAAAUCUAGCCUGCAAUUCUGACAAUAAUCGCAACCAGGACCUUGCGUCCUAUAUCUUUUAACCAUUUCCCUAUUCCAAAGGUCCAGUCAAAACCAGUCAUAUCCUCACACAUGGGAAUCCAUCCUUGGCACACUCAACAUAUAUCAAAGACACACAUAGUACAUCCAUCCCUGGGUCAGCUAACACUUCCUCUCUCUCCGGCUAACUCCACAUUCCCAGUGUAUUAUUCCCAACAUGAAUAUUAGCUAAUUAAAUAAAGUACUACACAUAAUGCUGUGAUCAAAGUCAACUGCAUUUCAAAAUUCUAGCUUACAAAUACAAAACUAGAGGCUAAAUAUCAUUGCAUCUAAAUUUAGAAUAUGUAUAAGCUUGGCCAACAAAUCUUAUUUGUUUGGCAAUCAAAUUUGAUUGUACACAUGAUCAUUUUCUUGGUGAAGUUAUUAUUGUAAAAUAAUCAAUGGUUGGCAUGUAGUUUGGAAUUCAGUAGCAUUGUACAGUAGAAUCAUUUACAAUGCACUCUGCCCAUAUUUGGACAGUAAUAUUACUUUUAUCAUUUUGUUCAAUUGCAUAAAAUUGCAUUAAAACGAUAUAUUUACCAAGAAGUCCUAGCUGGCUGCAAACUUUAAUCUGAAGGUAAAUACAUAUGUAAACUAUAAAACUUGAAAGUAGUAAGGCCCUAAUAUAUUUCUUUUUUUACUUUUUUGAAAUUCAAAAUGAUGUAGGUAAAUUAACAUAAACCUAAAUUAUUAUUAGCUUUUCCUAUAAAAGAAAAAGUGGUUUCAAACAUACAGUCCAUUAGGGAAAUGUGUUAUUUUAAAAAGGAACAGAUUGUUGAAGUGGUUAUGGAACAAACAGUCUGAUAAUGCCAAUCUUAUGCUUUGUCUCAGGGCACUUAAAUGCAAAAAAAAUAAAAAUUAUUUAAGUGCCUCAAUUUCUGUAUAUUCAUAACAAUUAUAAAUCCAGGUAGAUAGAAAAAUGAUAGCAUUCCCAUCUCUUACAGCCCAGCCCAUUUGUUCUGCACAGUUAAUGUGGAAGUAAAUUCUGUAUUUGCCAGUUCAACGUUGAAUCACAACGAUAGAAUUAGGUUGUUGGUACAGGUUAUCCCAGGCUUCUUAGCGUAUCAUUACCACCAAAAGCACCGUGUUCCUUGAAAAAAACACUUCAAAACAGAUUUUUAUUUUAUUUAAAUUUUUUAUUAAAUUCUUUAUUAUAAAUUGUAUUUUUCUGUAAAUAUAAUACAAACAAAAAAACAAAAGAGAACUAAAGAGACAAGUGAUAACAUGUAUCAAACACAUAUAACACGUAUAUAUUCUAUUCAGUGAUGUUUAAUGGACAGUGCCAAAUAGCCCAAGUAAUACAUUUUAAAUAUAAAGCCUAGUGGUGAGAGGGUAAAAGGCAACAAUUAAAUGGUAAAAUACAAACUUGAACAGUGCAUUGGCAGAGAGUUAUAAAUUAUAUAAAACAAAUUAUCCUUCCAUGUGAGAUUGCAGACAGGUGGGUUCUCCUCCCACUAGACAUACAAUACAUCACCAGCAGUGUACACUAUCAUUUGGAUUAAUGCGUAUUGUGUCACUUCCUUUAGAGAUGAAAUGGUAAUCUUAUCAGUUAAAACUAAGAACAAAGUUACAGACUAUGCCUGAUUGUCAUUAAUAUUGUAUAGUUUUUCAUCUAUGACCAGAGCUGGUAAAUACUGGGAUGAAGGCAAAAUCUGGUUGUGAAGAAUUAGUAAGGUAGUGGAGAAGUGCUAACAGAACACAAGUACCCCCUAAAACACUGGCGAACAUACCGCGGUCGCCCUGCGACCCGAUAUGUAUGCCAGUGUGGCCAGCCUCUUCUCCUGGGGUGCCCAGGAGUUGGCCACAUCAGGGCCACCUGAGGCUGGCCCUGGUGUCACUGGGCUGGCUGGCUGGGGGGCUGCCCAGCUCCCUCGCACACCGCAGUGAUGCUGGAGCCAGAAUAUGACGUCAUUCUGGCUCCGGCAUCAGUACGCGGUGCGCGAGUGAGCUGGGCAGAGAGCGCUCAGGGGAGAGUGCUCCCUCGCACGCGCGUCAGCCAGCCAGCCUGGUGACCGGCCGCCCAGCAGCACCACUGGACCCGAGGGAAUCCCCUCAGCUCUCCCAAAGGUAAGUUUUAAAUUUUAAAGAAACAUGUGUGUGUGUGUUAGUGUUAGAGUGUGUGUUAUACUGUGUGUGUGUGUUAGUGUUAGACUGUGUGUGUGUUAGUUUUUGUGUGUCAGUGUGUGUGUUACUGUGUGUGUCUGCUAGUGAGUUUCAGUGUGUUAGUUUUUGUGUGUGUGUUACUGUGUGUGUCUGUUAUUGAGUGUGUGUCUGCUAUUGAGUGUGUCUACUAGUGAGUGUCAGUAUGUGUGUUAGUUUUUGUGUCAGUGAGUGUGUGUUACUGAGUGUUAGUUUGUGUGUGUCUGUUAGUGUGUGUUUGUUAGUGAGUCUGUUUGGUGUCUGUUAGUGAGUGUGUGUUUGUCAGUGAGAGUGUAUGUUUUGUAAGUGAGUGUGUAUGUGUGUCUGUCUGUCAGUGAGUGUGUAUGUAUGUCUGUAAUUGAGUAUGUCUCUGUCAGUAAAUGUGUGUGUCUGUUAGCUAGUGUGUAUGCAUCUGUUCGUGAGAGUGUGUGUGUUUAAAACCCCUUCAGAACUUACCUUUCUCCAUCACCGGACUCCCUUGGCGCUGGGGAUCCUUCCGCCCCGAUCUGCCACGCGCGCAUUCAAACCGCCCAUGGGAAAGCAUUACUCAAUGCCCUUAUGUCUCAUACAAUAUCCCGGAAAUCACAGACAAUCUGAUAUACUGUAUAUAUCAGAUUGUGUGUGAUUUCCAGGCUAUUAUAUAUGCUAAAUGCCCUCAAUAAAUUAAGGGCAUUUAGCAUAUAUUAAGAUUACCCACCUGAUGAAUGUUACUUCUGAGCAGGGGCCCGGUCCGGUGCUGGAGUACACAGGCAACAUGGAGGUAAGGAGAGGUUGGAGUGAGCAGCUACAUGCUCACUCCCAUCAGCCUCAGCCAGGACACAAGGUAAGCUAAGGGUGGCUGCAGAAUAAAUAAUUUUGCCUUGUGUGUGUAUGUGUAUCUGUGUGUCAGUGUGUACAUACACACACUUAGAUACAUACAGAUACACACACUUGCACACACUCACUCACUGUAUCUGAGUUAGUGUGUGCCAGUGUGUAUCUGUAUGUAUCGAAGUGUGUGUAUGUACCAGUGAGUGUAUCUUAGUGUGUACAUCUGUGUGUAUUUGAGUGUGUGAUGUCAGUGUGUAUCUGAGUGUUUGUGUAUAUGUGCACAUGUGUGUAUCUGUGUGUCAAUGUGUAUCUGAGUGAGUGUGUAUGUGCCAGUGUGUGUAUCUGUACGUAUCUAAGUGUGUGUAUGUGCCAGUGAGUGUAUCGUAGUGUGUAUAUACCAGUCUGUGUAUCUGUGUGUAUGAGUGUAUCUGAGUGAGUGUGUAUAUGUGCCAGUGUGUAUCUGUGUAUAUGUGCCAGAAUGUAUCUGUGUAUAUGUGUAAGUGUGUGUAUGUGCCAGUGUGUAUCUGUUUAUGUGUGUCAGUGUCCAUAUUUGUGUGUCAAGGUGUCUGCAUCUGUGUGUCAAGGUGUCUGCAUGACUCCGUGUGUUAAUAGCGUGUGUAAAUAGUUAUGUUCUAUCAUAAUAAAAUAUCAUGUCAUUGUUCAUACAUGUUUUGUGGCUGUGUGCGUUUUGGGGUGUGUGUGCAUGUGUGGGGGUGCAUUCUGGGGGAUGCAUUUUGUGUGUAUGUACACGUAUGUGCAUGUGUAGGGGUGUGCACACGGGGUGUGCAGUUGCUGGUGAAGCCACCUCCCUGAAAUGAGCUUUCGCAUGUUGGAAAGUCUGCAAAUUGACUAGUCAAAAAUGUAUAAGCUAGCCAGUGUUACAAAUAUUGUAGAACAAAAGUAGUAAGGCAGCACUAGUGAUACAAUCUUUACCUAGUGUCUGGGUUAUAGACAAAGAAGGGAGAAAUUGGAAGUUUUAGACACAUGCAAAGGUCAUGCUGCCUUGUUGACCUUGGCACAGAAUCUUUGCCUCAUAAUCAUUACAAUGGGCAGUAGGGCAGCACUGGGAAAAGUUUUGGCCCAGUGCUAGGGAGUAUAGUCAGAGUGAGCAUGUUUACUUAAUGCUCUUCCAGGGUUAGUCAAUGUGCAGAUCCCUGUUGAAGAUUGCUCGCAUAGUACACAGGCCCUGUGCUUGUUCUGAACAGCGCAAGCAAAUUUAAUGACACACCUGGGCUUUGUUUGCUGGUGACUUGUCUCUGGUUUCUUCAUAAGUGGGGAACCAGAGAAGAAGAGGGCCAGGAGAGAGUAUUGUGCAUGCAUUUGGAGGCUCUUGUGUGAUUGUGUGUGUGUGGAGUGAGCUAGUGUUUUGUGUAUAUAGGUUGGUUUUGGUUGUAUUGUGUUUAUGGUGUAGUAUGUGUGGCCAAAGGGGUGUAGUUUGUAUUGGGGGCCUAGUGUGUGUGUGUAAGUGGUAGUCUAGUAGUGAAUGACUGCAUCUCCCAACGCAUGCAGGCUAAGUACACUCUAAGUCACAGCUUUACAAACUGUGUUGCGCAAGAGUGUGUUGCACUUAGUUGUCCAACAGGAAGGGGAGCACAUUCCACAGCACUCCCCUUCUGACGGUCAUUCCAUGUAGCGUGGCCGAGUAGGUGGACCUGAGAGCACAGAACUGCUUCCUGUCAGACCGGGUAGAGGAACAGAAGCUCCUCUAUAGCGUUCCACCUGCUCUGCCACGCAGCAUGCACUAAGGUGAGGCUGAGCAGGCAUAGGGGAGUGACAAAGAAUGACACAGGAAUGUAGAGGGGGCAGUAGAAGGGCACAGGAAGGGAGAGGGAAAGACAAAGGGCACAGGAGGGUAUGGGAUUGAAGGAAGGGCACAGGAGUGUAAGGGGGACAAAAGAAGGGGAAAGAAGGGGAUGGGGAACUAAAGAAGGGAACAGGAGGCUAGAGGGACAAAAGAAGGGCACAGGUGGUUAGGAGAGACAAAAGAAGGGCACAGGAGGGGAGGGGAACAAAAGAAAGGAGCAGGAGAGUGGGAAGACAAAAAAGGGCACAGUUAGGGCAGGGUUGGCAGAAGAAGGGCACCAGAGAGGAGGGGGCACAAAGAGACACCCAGAGGUGCUGGGGGACAAAGAAAUACAGGGUGGCUGACGGGGGACAAAGAGACACACAGAGUGUUUGGGGGGGGGGGGCAAAGAGACAGAAGGGUUGGUGGGAAGAGACACACAAAGGGGAUGGGAAAAAAGAGACUCAAAGAGGUUGAGGGAGAACCAGAUGCAUAAAGGGCCUGGGGGAAGAAAGAGGCUUGCCAGACAACCACACCAGUCUGCCAGCCACAGCAGCCAAAAAAGCCAGCCUGCCAGAAGUAGAAGCCAGCAACAGUAAAUAAGGUAAGAUGAGCCAACUUGGGCUGGGUAUGUUAUAUUUCUAUAUUGUGAAUUGGAGCAGAGUGUUAAAGAGACGGUCAAGGAUCAUACAUAAAUGCUGAUCAUGCGCAGGAUGGGGAAUCGAGUCGAAACUGCUGAUUCUACCGAAAUGAUAAAUAUCUGAAAAGUGUGUCACCAACAUAAAAAUUUAGAAAGCUCUGCUCUAAGUACUUCUUGAUACCAUUAUGUAUCAGAGCAUUGCCAUGGUAAAAAGAAAAAACUUUCUUUACAGCAGGAGCAAUUCUUUUAGUCUGCAUCUGGCGGAGGUGCAGACUGAAAGUAUCCUGGAUCCUCCCCCCUCCUGCUGAAUGGUGAACUGUGCCAGUGACGGAGAUCUUUUUUUAUCCCCACCAGCCUGUGAUGGCACAGAGCAAGGACAGUGCUUGGCUAGUGCCCGCCCUGCAAGGGCCAGCAGGGGAGAGCCUUUUAUCACCCCAGUCACUUCAGCUCCUGACCAAUGCAGUCUACCAGGCAUUCACCAAAUUGGCCAAAUUUGGACCCAUACGCUGUUGUGGCUACAGUGCUUAGAGUGCCCAUUUAAACACAAUAAGAUCAGCUAGCUUUGUUUGUGUUGUCAGUAUGUAGGCUUCCUAAUUCUAUUUUAAGAUAGUUUUGGUUUCUUUUCACUUCUCAUGCGAUGAUGUGAAGGACCCACAAUGUAGCUAAUUUAGGCACACUACCAAUUAUUUUCUUUUCGACAUGUCUCCUCUGGGACCAUGAGUCUCAAUGAUCUAGUGUGCUAAUAGACCAUGUUUUCUUCAGAUUGCAUUACUCCUGAUGAAUAUUUAUGUUCUCCAUCCCAUACCAGUGAUUUUCACACCCAUUUUAGUCCUAAAGCUGACUAAGAUCAUAAGGGGAUUAAAGAAAGCUUUGGUCUGGUUUUGCCACUAUACAAACCAAGUUCCAUUAUUCAUCAACUGAUCCAGCUUUGAAUAGCGAGUGUCUGUCUCUUUGAUUUGCAAUUCAACAUGACAGUCCUGGGCACGGUUGCUUUGCAAACACGACACACUUGCACCUGGCUGCAUUUUACUUUUUUUUAUUGUGAAUACUCCCUGUUUAAUUUUGUUUUCUGAAAGAUUAAUUUAACCUAAUGAGUUGAAUAAAUUAAAUAAAUAUGUAUACGCUGUAAAUCUGCACUUUGUUCAUCAUAGUAUAACAUUUUGCUUUGAGAUGAUAGAGUGUAUUUUUGUUUAAGCUUAGAGAUUUGAUUGAUUAGCUGAAUGAGCAAAUCUACUGUCUCUUAGUAUUAUAUAUUGGGUCAUCAUUCUGCAUAAGUAAUACAAUUUUAUGAAGUAUCUCAAUUUUACCAAGGUGCUCUUUGUUAUAUAUCUUCUUACGUUUUGAGAGAAUUGGGCAUGCAGUCACAAUCAUCAUUUAUAUUUUAUAUAUGUGUGUUUUUUUUUUGAGUAAUUGGAAAUAUAAGAUGCCCAUUAUAGAAAUAAAAUAUCAAAGACCAUUAAGUGAAACAGAACAGAAUAAAAACUGUAUAAUACCAGGAGCAUAUAUUUAGGAAGAGAGAGAAAGUAAAAAAAAAAAAAAAGAUUACAAAGCAAUAAUAUGAAGCAAGACAAUAAUGUGAAGUAUGUGACUGCUUAAGUGUAAACAAUAUAGAGUGUAUUCAAAUAUAAAGAUAAAAAUAAAAUUAAAUUAAAAAAUGCACAAUAUCACAAAACAAAAUAAAUGUGCCUAAAAUCUUAAAAACACUAAGGAAGUCUCCAUACAAUUGAUAAAAAAGCACAAUAUCUCUGUGGAAAAUAAGAAACAACAUAAAACCACAAAUGCAGCAGCAGGUAGUUAAAAUAGUCCACUAAGUGCACUUUAUAAUUGUAGUAGUUGUCAUAAACAAUGUACCGUACUUUUCCAUGUAUACUUUUUUUAGUCUAAAAUUGGGGGUCGUCUUAGACACAGAAUGUCACUGCAUGGGUAAAAAAAAAACCCCAAAAAACCCUGCUUAUGUGCAGGGCCUGACAGCUUAAUUAGGUAUGUGCUUGAGAUAGUGGCUAAUAAGGUGUGUGCAAGAAUCUUGGAGAUCCUGCACAUGCUUCCUCGCAGUGGCGUACACACAAUCCAUGGGCCCCCUUCCCACGAUACACACACACACACACACAGAGACACAUACACACAUACAUACAUAGAGACACACACAUACAUACACAUAUAUACAUAGAGAAACACACACACAGACAAACACACAUACACACACACAGACACAUACAUACAGACACAGACACACAUACAUACAAACAAAAACACACAUAUACAAAAUUUAAGUCACCAUCCUGUUUCCUACCUUUUAGAUGCAGGAGGGUGACUUUACCUGUGGUCCAGUGGUGGCUCAGGCUGGUGGCAGUCAGAGUUCCCACUCUGACUCACUCUUCUUCCUCCCGCGAGACUCUGUCUGAUAGCUGGGAGGAGUGACCGGGGCAGUCACUUCCUCCCAGUUGUGAUGUCAUCACAGGGGGCCCAGUCGUGCUGUUAAAGCACCGCAGCGCUGACCGGGGCCCCCUGGAAAUUCAUCUAACAGCAUGGACCACCCGAUGGGCCCCUUGAAUGUGUGGCCCUAGCGGGCACCUGGUGCGACCCCUGCGACCGCGGUAUGUACGCCACUGCUUCCUUGCAUCACGUCAAGACCUCAUGGCUCUGGACUACAGAUAGGCGCUGCAGGGUGAGACCUGCCUGGAUAUCCCUUUAAGGUACCGUGGAAGUGGAGGAGUGGGCAGAUGCCUGAGUUCCACGCCUGCUUCUACAUACCUGGACGAAAGGUCCACCGGUGUAAUUCCCCACAGCAUGUUGUAAAAAUCCUUCCUUACAGGGCAAUAGUCUCUGUUUAGUGCGACAAAAGCAAAGUAUAAGAAUCCAGUCACUGAUAGAAAAGAAGUCUAAGCAGCUCAAUUUAAGUAAAAAAUAAAUAAAUGGCAGGCAACGCCACUUACUUUGAUGUCAGUAGAAGCUUACACCCCUUCCAGAUGCCGUCUCUCGGGUUUGGUGUGAUCUUAAGGGGCCUCUGAUGAAGUGGACCAUAGCGCAUUGAAACACAUAAGGCGGAACUAUUUUCAGCUUGUGUUUGAGCAGGAAGAGUGUGAGUCUCCUCGAGUGGUUAGUACACGCCAAGCUGGACAGGAAUGGAGUUCCCCGAAGAGGCACACACAAGGAUUCUUUGUUAAGGCACUAUAGCACAGUAAGUUGCCCUGAUCCUCUGCAUGAAAGCCUGUCUUCCUUUAUAUAUCAUAAAAUAUAAGCAUACACACUAGUGGCUCAGUUCUGUCUCAAUGAGCAAUGUAACAGCCAAGUAUACCUUUUUCAAAAAGUGCAAAUGCAUGAAACACACCAGUUUAUAUGGUUCCCCUCUGUUUAUUCUGAAGGUCAAUUUUUUAAAGCAGCACUGUCACCCCAUGAAUAAUGAGUGUUUCAUAAAGAUAGAGAGUAUGAAAUACUCAUGUUGGCGGUGUUGGAAUUUCACUGAGAUUCCAACCCAGUCAAGAGAUAUACUGAGACAAAUUAGGGACUACUUUGUCUCUGUAUCUCUCCUCUGCCUGAGUUUCUUAACUCAGAUUUGAGUCUAAUUGUCAGUCAUGACAGCCAUCACCAGCCGGCUGCAGAUAAUUGGCUGUGUCUAUGGAGGAUUCUGUGGUGUGGCAGGAUCUUCCAUAGACCGAAAUGCUAUACUCUCACGCAUCAGGUAAGUAAAUCUCACCCUUACCUGCCCCCUUCCCCCGGCCGCAGUAAUGCAAGGCUAGCUAAUUGGCUGAGAUUGUUAGAUGAUUGCUCCCAGCCAAUGAGCUAUGCUCUCCACCACCAUUCUCAGCUUAGAUAGAGAGCUACUUGCUCUCAAUAUGAAGUAGUGGAGGUAGGGUAAAAUGGUUUGAUUCCUUUCCAAUGGGAUGGAUAAAGGCAGUCCUAGCACCAUAACCACUACAGUGUGCUGUAGCAGUUAUGGUGUCUGGGGUGUCUUUUUAAGCAUUUCGAUCUUGAAUUGUUGAAUUUUUUCUUGCUAUACAGCUCUAUAGCUCAGAUGGCGUUUUCUAAUUAUCAAUAUUUCUCCAAUUAUGUGUUUUUCUAACUCUAUGUCUAAUGGAUAGAAGAAUAAACCAAAAUAUUGUGGCAAAAAUGAAUAUGGGAUGUAGUGCUGGAAAACCCACUAUGAGAGAAACGGGAGAUGGCGUUUACAGCUGUUUAAAUCCGGUGCUAAGGCUGAAACUGCUGUGCAUGACUUGUCUGUCUAGAAAUCAUUGUUCACCUCCAUAUGGGUGAAUAAUUUCUUACAAAACAUUAAACCCAUGCUGAUCCUCUGAUAAACUGUACUUUGCAGUUGUCUAUUUUGAAUGAUCCAUUUAACUUGCAAGUAUGAAUAGCAUGGGUUUAAAAGGCUGUCUUCUAACGGGCUGAACUGAAAUAAAAAAGCAGUUUUACAUUCCAAUCAUGAAAAGGGGAAAAUCUAAUUCUACAUAAUAAUAAAAUAGUACUUUACCGAGGCUGGCACAGGGGAUUAUAGUCUAUAGAAGUAUUUACUAUGUCAACUGUCAGUGGCUACUGGAGAACCUAAAUGUAGACUUGACAAAUAUUUCCACUUCAAUUGUAAUCAUGUAUAGUUUGUUUUCAAGGAGAGCAAAACAUAAACAUCUCUUUUUUAUUUGGAUGUCUUGGUGACUAAAGAUUCAUCUUAUAUCCCCCAAAUGUUCCUUGCUAUGGUGAUCGCUCUCUAUUUGGGAUCUAAAUUCCUCAUUCCUUCUAUUCUAUACUAGUGUGCCUUUUUAUUACGUGGCCAGAAUGUUUCCUGUGUAUGCCACAGAACUCAACAGCAAUAACUUGCAGUGUAAAGUGUAUGUGAAUGUAUAAAUGAGCUACACGGAAAUAAAAUUCACAUUUAGUGCGGUUUGUAUGAAUCAAUCACAAAAAAGCCUUAAAACUGAUUAGAGGUAAACAGAUACAAAUUAUAGGUGCUCGCUAUGUACUUAAGGAAUGGGUAGGGGCUGCAGAUUAUCACACAAGUUAUCCCCAACCUUGUGACAAUACAAAAUAGCCAAAAACAGAAAAAUUGAUAACCCGCGCCUAUAACCUAUAAAUCUUUAAGUAGAAUCACACACAUAAAAAAGUAUAAACAUACAUAUUUAAAACAGGGUCUUGUUGGUUAAUGAAUCAAAAUGACAAAAAGGAGAGAACAGACAAUAUAAGUGCAUUAUGUAAUCCAAUGUGGGUUAAAAACACAUUUAACACGUUUCACCACUUCUGAUGAAACCCCAUUGUGAAACCCGUUAAGUGUGUUUUUAACCCACAUUGGAUUACGUUUUAUGUUAUAUUCUUCAUGUUUGUUUAUUUAUUUUGGAAUAAAGUUUAUCCCUGUAAAUUUAUAUUACUUUGAAUUUAUUUGGAAGUUACUUUGCACCCUUUUGGCUUUUUACUACGCUUCUGGUCCUGCAUAUUGGUUGGGAUUAUACCACCAACACUACACUAUACUAGAGCAGGUUCAUUAUGUUAAAAGUAUGAGUAAAAUACCUACCACUAUUGUAUAGCCUUGUGCAGUACAUAUCACACUAUUGGAUGUUCCUGUUAAUGUCUCCACAUACUGCACUUUACUAAGAAAAAAACAUCACCACUGCUGAACAUACAUCCUUAGAUGGGGGUUAUACCGUCCACGUCUAUAACAGCAGAGCUCUAAAUAGCUCUCGAAAGUGUGAGUGUGCUUUUGUUACAAAACACCACUCCAUAUCUCUUAAAAAACAUAUUGCACUUAUAUUGUCUGUUCUCUCCUUUUUGUCUUUUUUGAGAGAUUCAUCAGCCAACAAGACCCUGUUUUAUAUAUGUAUGUAUAUACUUUUUAAUGUGUGUGAUUCAACCUACAGAUUUAUAAGUUAUAGGCGCAGGUUAUAUUUUUUUCUGAUUAUACAUUUAAAUAUGUGUCUACAUUUAUUGGUGUACUUAAAAUACAUCACUUAUAAUCUUAAUUACUUUUUUAGUUGUGUAAAGUGUUAUCAAAGACUAAAUAAAAGUUUUCCCCUCUAGAUAUUUAUCCUGAUCUUUGGGGUUGCAAUUAAGAGAAUAGAUAAAAUAUUUCCAUGGCAUAUGCAAUGAGCUCCUCUAUACCUUACAAUUCAGUACUCUGGAAAUGCCCAGUCUUCAACAGCAGGUGAGGAUUUUUAUGUUUAGUAUUCUCAGGCAAAAUUUUGAACAUUCCCAAAAGCACUUUUCUUGGAAGUCUAAAUUUGGCACCAUUAACACCAGUCAAUGCAACAAAACCCCAACUGAUUAGCGUUUAUUUCAGGAAAUAGAUGUGACCAGUUGGUGUUGAUAUGGGGAAAGAGAGAAAGACAUGAUUUUGUCUUCCUCUUAAUUAGUGGAGGUUCAUUUAAUAUUUUUUCAUUCGAAUAAAUGUUUUUUUAGGGCUCUCCCCAGUGCACCCUAUCCUAUAUUUACUCACCCUCGCUAAGCAGCAACUACAUUCUAUUUUCUGCCAAUCACCAGCAACUGUCCUUUCACACUCGCUUCACCAACUCAAUCCUAAAGUUCUUCUCUUGGGUAGAACAUUCUCAUGCUUUGUCAUUAUGUAUUCCCUUGUAUUCCUGAAUUUUAAAAAAACCUACAAAACAUCUUCUUUAAGAAGACAUGUGAAUUAAUAUUUCUCUUUAGAGUACUCCAACCUGAUAUUACCUUCCGUUUGUCUUCAUUAAUCUUAUUCCCUUUUUUCUCUCUAACUACAUAUUUUUUUGUAUAAUGUUACACUGCACGUUACUUGUAACCUAACAACCAGUCUUUCGCCUGGAUACAUUACAUUUGUGUCCAUUUCUGUAUUUAUGCCUCAAUUUGCUUCGACAUGGCAUUGUAGUAUUUAGAUAGCACAUAUAAUUUAUGAUGGCAUGAAAUGGAAUUGAAUGCCAGGUUGUGCCUUGCCAGCUUUGAACAUGAUGUAAUAAAACACACCCAGAGCAUUACUAACAGUAUUGUGAAAAAAAUGCAAUAACAAGCAAGCAAGCAAACAAACGAAUAAAGCAUAACACAUACUGAUCCAUUGGAUAACUUUUGAAAUGUGAAAAAUCUCAGUGUUUUGUUUCCCUGUAAGUACCCUAUAUAUAAAUGCUUAUGAUACUAUACGAUUACAGAGCUGCAUUAGAAAUUUGUGGAUUUGCUACUAAUAGUAAUAGGGAUUAUCCUGCUUUCAUGCUCAAGAAAGCUUCCUCUGUGAACCUCUUUUAUUUAUUUAUUUUGUUGGAAAUAAAUAACAUUCAGUCCAUGAGGUGCAUAACAAAAAGCUUGUUUGUACGGCCUGUAACCCGGGUGACCCUGCUUGUGUAAUGGCAAUUAAAGCUGAACACUAGGGAGUAAAAUGAGAAAGAAAUUAGCUACAUAAAAUGCUAAUUGAAAUAUAAUUCCCACAGUGUGCAAUGAAAAAAACUAAUAUUAAUUGGAAUCCGUUAGUAUUUGUUAGGAUAAACUCUUACGUGCAUUCAUGUAAUAAUAGUUCCUAAGGGAAACACCUCGAGGUGCAAUACAGUAAAUAUAAACAGAAAUAGUAUAACAGGCUUUAUAAAAUAAAGUAAAACUCAUGGAGAUGUAUUUGUGGUUUGUAACACCACUGAUUAUAUCAAUAGUGGCCUCUAAAGAAGGAUAAAUAGCAACCUUUGUUCAAUGUACGAAACCAAAAGGGGAUACGAAACCAAAAGGGGAAAUGGUGUGAAACAAAAAGGUCAAUUUACAGCUUAGAUCAAAUAAAACACAACUGCGUAAGUUAGAAUAAAACAAAAUAUUUGAGUAAAUAAAUAACUCAAUGGCAUUUAAGCCAGUAAAAAAAUAUUCAUUGAUUAUGAUUAAAACAAUGAAAGCAACCCAAAAUAAAAAAAGACGGGGCAUCAGACAGCAAACAACUAUAUAUUAUAAAAGACAAGAGGAGAUGUCGUGCACAUUGAAGUGAAACAAGAAGAAUCUGUUGAAAGCGCACCUUUAUUAUAAGUAGAAAAUAAACAAUUAAUACAUCAUAUAUAGGUGAAUAUCCCAUGUAUGGAAUUGCAAUUCACAUAAUAGACAAUACAUUAGACAUGUAGUUUAGUGUAUUGGUGGUAAAGUUCUUACAAUGGCACCUUCUCUAUUAUAUAAAAUUGAUUUUGUCCCCCCUUCUGGUUUGUAUAUUUUAUUUCUAAUUCUCGGGUCCUCUACCAGAGUCUGAGGGUUCUGUGCAGUAAGCUGCACACCAGUCAAAAUCUGCACACCAGUCAAUCCAUAAGCCGCAAAGGAUUCUGGGUAGGCAUAUGCAAAUCAGUCCAACAAAGAAUCAUAUGUUUGCCUCAUUCCAUUUUAAACAUGGAUUCCUUUGAGUCUGUGUUUGCUGUAUACAAGUCUUAUGGCUUGACUGGUGUGCAGAUUUUUGUUUAACAUUGUAAUAACUAUCCACAGACUUGAAGGUGGAAGGGAUUUUCAAUCACAAUUUUUUCCCCACUGUAAUCGAUUUGGAUAUAUACAUAUAUAUUUUACAUAGGGUGUGAGACAUAGUAAGCCUAAUGUAUUUCAUCUUGGGAGCUCAACUGUCAAAAGGCAAAACCUCUUAAGUGUGUCCAGCACUAGCAAUUCACCUUGCUGUCUUCAGCCAGUCUCUGUCUCUGAUGAGACAGAGAGGCAGGUGGACGGUGAGCUUACACGUAAUGGCCAUUGGACUGAUACUAAAAAAUCCUCCAGUUAUUUAAAUGUGCAAAGGGAUUUGGGAUAGUACACAAGUAACAUUUUUCUAUGUUUUUCACUGUUGUAUUGGGGCUGAUGUGUACUAUAGUUAUUGUUGCCGCCCAGGUGUAGUGACAAGGCUCAGUUUUGUAUGUUUGUAUUUGUUUUUGUAUUACACAGCCAUGUUAAGGGUUAAUAAGCAUGUAAGGGUUUAGGAAAUACCCCUCUCUGUCCUACCUCCAUUAGAGAUUUAACGUAUUGGCUGAAGACAUUAAAGUGAAUUGUUAGUGUAGGACUCACCUAAGAGGUUCUGCCUUGACGUGGCAGGCAAGUUUACAUUUAAAUGGCCAUUGGUGUGAUAUUAAAAAACCUCCAGUUAUAAAAAUGUGCAUAGUGAUUUGGGAUAAAUGUAUCCGUGUCUGUCUGUUAUCUAUCUAUCUAUCUAUCUCUCUAUCUAUCUAUCUCUCUAUCUCUCUAUCUAUCUAUCUAUAUUCUUUUUGUUCCCUCAAAUCUUAUUUUCUUUAGAUUUUAUUGUUUCUAAGAAGCACAUGGCUAGAGGAGUAAUUUUAAAACCCAUCACUGAGACAACAAAAGGCCACAGACGGCACUUGGCAGCUAUUAAUGUAAAAGCCCAAAGGGAACAAUUUGAGGAUUUUGAGUGAGCUGUGUUUAUCUUCCAGCACAGUCAAUUAGUCAGUUACACAUGCAGAUAUACAUGUUCCAAUGGUAAAUUUACAGAAGGCAUGUCUUCUAACAGAUGGCUCCUCUUUACUUCUGAUGUAUUUAAGGAGAUGAAGUGACCUCUGACAGCUGUCGAAGUGGCGGCAGGAGGCCCGAGUCUAGCAUAGACUGAUUAUUGUGCAGAACUCAAAAUGAAUAAUCCUCUCUCAUCAUUAAAUAGCUCAUGGUGGGAGACUGUUGGCCAUCAAAGUGACAAUUGGAUUGACUUUAAACACAUCUCUAGUGUAUAAAUUACAAUAUCCAUAUGAUGAAUUUUAUGAGGUGACAGUAAGGAACCUCAGUGCACUGGAAAUGUGGUUGUUUUUAAUCCUUUUAUAGAUAUAAGCUAUUUGUUAAUGCAUUUUAGAUUUUUUUUUUUAUAAAUACUACUAGAGGUACAGUCAGAAUUCACAAAAGGUGGUUGUUAAAAGUAGUGGCAUACAUACCGCGGUUGCAGGGAUCGCAGCUGUGGCCGUCACUCCAGGGGGACGGCCGCCCUGUGGAUCCCUGCGACCGGAUGCCCACCGUCAUGUGUUACGGCCCCGGCCUGCACAGUAUAACCACUGGGGUCGCAUGUUAAGGGGCCCAUCGGCUGGCCCAUGCUGUUAGAGCCAACCGAUGGUUAUAGAUUUAACAGCACAACCGGGCCUCCUUUGAUGACAUUACAGCUGGGAGGAAGUGACUGCCCCAUCACUCCUCCCAGCUUACAAUGGGUGCUAUGUGGGAAGAAGAGAGAAGGGAGUCAGAGUGGGAACUCUGACUCCUAUUAGGCUGAGCCACCACUGGACCCCAGGGAAGUCACCCUACUGCAUCUAAAAGCUAGGAAACAGAAGGGUGACUAAAAUAUUUUGUAUAUGUGUGUGUUUGUAUGAAUGUUUCUCUGUAUGUGUGUCUGUAUGUGUGUCUGUCUGUGUGUGUGUGUAUGUGUGUGUGUGUGUGUGUUUGUAUGCAUGUGUUGUAUGGUUAUAGAUUUAACAGCGCAACCGGGCCCCCUUUGAUGACAUUACAGCUGGGAAGAUCUGUCUGUGUGUGUGUGUGUAUGUGUGUGUGUGUGUUUGUAUGUAUGUGUGUGUGUCUGCAUACAUGUGUCUGUAUGUAUAUAUGUGUGUCUGUAUAUAUGUGUCUGUGUGUGUGUUUGUAUAUAUGUGUCUGUCUGUAUGUAUGUGUGUGUCUGUAUAUAUGUGUCUCUGUGUGUGUGUUUGUAUAUAUGUGUCUGUAUGUAUGUGUGUGUGUGUACAAUGGCAUAUAUACAGGGGUUAGAAGCUAUGACCAGGCCCGUCACUCCAUGGGGCCCUGUGGACCCCUGCGACCGGUUGCCCUGCAAACCCCUGCGACCGGGUGUCCGUCACCAUGUGUUGAGGCCCGGCCCAUGCUGUGUAACCUCCGGGGCCGCAUUAAAGGGGACCUUCAGGUGCCCUAACAGCAUGCUGUUAGGGCCACCCGAUGGAAAUUAAUUUCCAGGAGGCCCGGUCAGUGCUGCGCUUUAACAGCGUGGCCGGGCCCCCUCGGAUGAUGUCAGAUGCUGGAUAGAAGUAACUUCCUCCCAGCAACCACCAGGAACCACGCAGGAGGAAGGAGAGGAGUGAGUCAGAGUGGGAACUCUGACUUCCAUCAGCCUGAGCCACUGGACCCCAGGGAAUGGAUCAGUUUUUGCACCAGGGCCCCAGGGAUUUUUACUUGUUUAUUAUUGAUAUUUUAUAUUGGUUCUGUAACACUGUGCCUUCUCUUUCCCCAGCUCCUGUGAUUAUUGUCACACCCAGGAAGAUUCACAAUGUAACAGGAGCCCAGGUGUACCUGUCUUGUGAGGUUAAGGCUGUCCCAACUCCUAGCAUAUCCUGGAGAAAGGUACAAAAGUGACAUUUGUGUGCAGGGAUAAGUUAACUAUUUGAUUGCAUAUCUCUAUGUAACUGUAUAAAUGGUUUAAAAAAAACUUAAUUUUGCUCUUUAAAAAAAAAAAAACUGUUUAAAAUUACUUUAAAGAUGAUUUGUGGUCUGCAGGUCAGAUCUCGCUCCUGAGAACAGAGUGAAACAAAUUGUGUGUGUGGUGGACAAACUACUAGAACUGAGAGCAUCAUUACUAUCACAGCCUGCUAUAGUAGUGAAUAAGUGAGGAGUACACUGGCAUUGUUCUCCUGUAAUGGGGCAAACUGUUUUGCAGUAGGUUGCCUCUUACCUGGAAUUGUUACCUGGUGCUGAAGCUCCCACAAUGGUGGCUUAAAGGCAUUGGUUUCUGCAGAUGCUGAUCCUGCUGCUCAUUCACUGACUGAUGGCAACAACUAAGUGAUCUUAGCAAAUAAAUAAGUGUCCAUACAAAAAAAUAUCUUUCAUUCAUGGCUGAUGAAUGACUAUGCCAUACGUCAUUACACCUUCAUAAGGUAACCCAAAUAAAUCUGUAUAUGCAAUGUUUCAUAUUGCAGCACUGCACAUACAGACUGUAAGCUCCAUGACUACUUCAGAAACACUUAUGUAGUCAUGGUGCUUUGAGUAAUGUUUUAAAGGGGCACACUAAGCGCCAAAAUAACUUUAGCUUAAUUAAGUUGUUUUGGUGUAUGGAUAAAGCACCUGCAGUCUCAAUGCUCAAUUCUCCGUCAUUUUGAAGUUAAAUCACUUUGUUAAUGCAGCCCUAUCCACACCUACCCUCCCUGUACAAACAGCCUUCCUAAACACUUCAUGUAAAGAGAGAUCUAAUUUUUAAACUUCCUUUAUUGCCCAGUGUAUUUAAUAUCUCAUAUCCUGCUCUGAUGAUUACCUGCAAGAGACAGCAGGGGCUUCAGUGUGAUUUAAAAUUCAAAAAUGAGAGCAGGAAGUUAAAACUUCUAAAGAAAACACACUGUGAUGACAGAUCUAAUUAAAAUUGAAACCAUUUUCUUUCACGUUGACUGUGUCACAGCCAGGGAAGGGCUGGAUAAAUAGAAACAAAAGUAAAUUAACUCAAAAAUGGCAGAACCUGCAGGGCAUGAGUUAUACAAUGCUGUUUAAGCUAAAGUUGUUUUGGUGCUUAGAGUGUUAAUUUAAGUAUACUUCUGGCAUAAUCGCAUAAUACAUGCAUUAGAAAUGUGCAAAAUGUGCUGUAUUUUUAGCAGUAUCCCAUGACAUUUUUCUCAUAUGAAGGUCACAGAAUCACCAAAAGGAAUAAAGAUGUCUGAGGAGCUGCCUGGAGACAGAGUCAAUGUAGCUGUUCAAGUCCGUGGUGGGCCUGGCCGUCAUGAAAGCACUGGCUGGGUGCUGGUGAGUUGACUUAAACCUUACAAAUUCCAACAGACAUCAAUCAUACACUACAAACAGUUUUUAUUGCAUAAUUUCCAAUGUCUAUACAUAUUUGAAACAGUAUCAUUUAUAACAGCAUGACAUGUGUUUUCUGUGAAGAGUAAGACAUAUACAAUGAUAAAAUAUUUUCAUCACUACAUAGAUACAAUGUGCAAAUCUACACAGUAAAGGAGUUUAAGCAUGUGUGGGAUAGGCAUAAGGCUAUCCUAGCUAUAAGAUAAGGCCAGGGAAAAGUAUUUAGAAAAUUGUGCAGACUAGAUGGGCCGAAUGGUUCUUAUCUGCCGUCACAUUCUAUGUUUCUAUGUUAUACUAAGCAGAAAAAACACCAAGGAGUUAACUGCACAGUGCUGUAUGGUAAAUAAACAACCAAAGUCCCAAAAACAAUUCAGGAUUGUUUUAAGACAAUUUUAGGAUUAGGGAUUGGGAUAGUGUAGAUUUAAGGUUAGGGCAGGUUUAUGGUUAGAGUUAGUGUAAGCAUAUGGUUAAGGGUAGGUUUCGUAUAGUGUUGGGAGGAUGCAUGUAUUGGGUUAACAUGAACUACUAAGUUAAUAAUAAACAUAUCCAGCUCAGUUGAUAUGGGCAAUUUCCAAUAUAACUCAUUUGAUCUAAAUUAUUAAACUCUUUUGUGAAUUCAGUAUACAGGGAGUGCAGAAUUAUUAGGCAAGUUGUAUUUUUGAGGAUUAAUUUUAUUAUUGAACAACAACCAUGUUCUCAAUGAACCCAAAAAACUCAUUAAUAUCAAAGCUGAAUAUUUUUGGAAGUAGUUUUUAGUUUGUUUUUAGUUAUAGCUAUGUUAGGGGGAUAUCUGUGUGUGCAGGUGACUAUUACUGUGCAUAAUUAUUAGGCAACUUAACAAAAAACAAAUAUAUACCCAUUUCAAUUAUUUAUUAUUACCAGUGAAACCAAUAUAACAUCUCAACAUUCACAAAUAUACAUUUCUGACAUUCAAAAACAAAACAAAAACAAAUCAGUGACCAAUAUAGCCACCUUUCUUUGCAAGGACACUCAAAAGCCUGCCAUCCAUGGAUUCUGUCAGUGUUUUGAUCUGUUCACCAUCAACAUUGCGUGCAGCAGCAACCACAGCCUCCCAGACACUGUUCAGAGAGGUGUACUGUUUUCCCUCCUUGUAAAUCUAACAUUUGAUGAUGGACCACAGGUUCUCAAUGGGGUUCAGAUCAGGUGAACAAGGAGGCCAUGUCAUUAGAUUUUCUUCUUUUAUACCCUUUCUUGCCAGCCACGCUGUGGAGUACUUGGACGCGUGUGAUGGAGCAUUGUCCUGCAUGAAAAUCAUGUUUUUCUUGAAGGAUGCAGACUUCUUCCUGUACCACUGCUUGAAGAAGGUGUCUUCCAGGAACUGACAGUAGGACUGGGAGUUGAGCUUGACUCCAUCCUCAACCCGAAAAGGCCCCACAAGCUCAUCUUUGAUGAUACCAGCCCAAACCAGUACUCCACCUCCACCUUGCUGGCGUCUGAGUCGGACUGGAGCUCUCUGCCCUUUACCAAUCCAGCCACGGGCCCAUCCAUCUGGCCCAUCAAGACUCACUCUCAUUUCAUCAGUCCAUAAAACCUUAGAAAAAUCAGUCUUGAGAUAUUUCUUGGCCCAGUCUUGACGUUUCAGCUUGUGUGUCUUGUUCAGUGGUGGUCGUCUUUCAGCCUUUCUUACCUUGGCCAUGUCUCUGAGUAUUGCACACCUUGUGCUUUUGGGCACUCCAGUGAUGUUGCAGCUCUGAAAUAUGGCCAAACUGGUGGCAAGUGGCAUCGUGGCAGCUGCACGCUUGACUUUUCUCAGUUCAUGGGCAGUUAUUUUGCGCCUUGGUUUUUCCACACGCUUCUUGCGACCCUGUUGACUAUUUUGAAUGAAACGCUUGAUUGUUCGAUGAUCACGCUUCAGAAGCUUUGCAAUUUUAAGAGUGCUGCAUCCCUCUGCAAGAUAUCUCACUAUUUUUGACUUUUCUGAGCCUGUCAAGUCCUUCUUUUGACCCAUUUUGCCAAAGGAAAGGAAGUUGCCUAAUAAUUAUGCACACCUGAUAUAGGGUGUUGAUGUCAUUAGACCACACCCCUUCUCAUUACAGAGAUGCACAUCACCUAAUAUGCUUAACUGUUAGUAGGCUUUCGAGCCUAUACAGCUUGGAGUAAGACAACAUGCAUAAAGAGGAUGAUGUGGUCAAAAUACUAAUUUGCCUAAUAAUUCUGCACUCCCUGUAUCUGUUGAAUAAAUCAUUAUCUCCAUCCUUGCUACAUAUAGUAUUGUCAUUAGGCUAUGUAACUUUACAUGCAAUUGACAAAUGAAGUCACAUUUAAGUAACUGUGAUUUUGAUUUACACUUGAUCUGUAAGUAACAUUUUGAAAUCUUGAAACUGAUUUACUACAAACAGAAUAUAGUUGUGCCACUGGAUGUGUUAUUUUUAUUAAUCAAUAGAUGUGGAUACUUAGCUAUUUAUAUUUUUCUGUUGACAACAUGCUGUUCAAUUUAUUAUCAAAAUCAGAAUUGAUAUUUCUAAGCUUGAACUUUAAUCACAAGUAAACAUUUAUGUCUGCCAAAAGGAAGAUGUUGAUAAAAUGAAUAUUGUUAUAUGAAGUAUAUAUGUAUAUUUAACAAAUGCUGGUAUUUCAUAAACCCAUUCAUUUGUAUACUCCCAAAGUGCUAGGGACUUAUUGAUUAUAGCCCGCAGCCCGGAGCGCUGAUUUGUACGUUCCUGAAAAUUCACAGUGAAGCAUAAAAGUAAAUUCAGUGGUUCAUCAGUCACAUACCCAAACAAAAAUCGAGACUAGAUGAAGGGUACAACAGGAAUAAUUUUAUUCAGGCCAGAUGGAAGUCUUUUAUGCAAUUCAUGAAUACAGUAUACACGUCCACAAAAACUCCCACAACACGCCCAUGAAUUUCUGAGUCACAAUGACUCUGCAUAAAACACAAAAUAUAAAAAAUAUAUAUAAAAUACACAUAAAACUUAGAGGAACCCCCAUAAAUAUUAUAUCCACAGAUAGCUUGGAUCUGAGCACCCAAGUUGUCCAAAUAGCGCUCAGAUCCCAUGAAUACAGUCAAAUCGCCACCAGGGUAAAGUUUUGACCGACCGCUCACGAGACACUUGCCCAAAACAGUUCCAAAGUUUCAGUGGCAGCGGUUAGUCAAUUUCGGGAGUUCCAAACCGAACAAAACAACAAAUGGUUCCCCUGGCUCAUAGGUAGCCCCACACAUCCCCUGGUUCGUGUGAAGAAAACUACCGAACAGUGCUCCCCGGGCCUGUCUUUGAAAAGAAGCAGGCAUUUGUGAAGUUGACCAGUGUUCGUGGGAUCGAGUGUACGACUUGGAGUUCCAGACACUCGACCAACUUAUUUAUUUAUUAUUAUUAUUUUUUCCAGAUAAACCCUUUGGUAAAAGAAGAUGAAGGUACUUACCAAUGCCACGCAUCUAAUAUGGUUGGAGAAACAUUUGCUGAUGGAACAAUCAAAGUCACUGAGAACCAUAGUCACCGCAGAGCAAAGAAGAGUAAUCAUGGUAGUUCUGAGAACAAGGACUGAUCAGGUAAUAAUGUAAUGACAUCAGAAUCUAGUUAAAGCUAUGAACAUAUAAAAAAGAACAACCCCCUCCCCCCACACACAAACAUUUUUAUAUGAAACUCACUUUGUGGAUAUGAAGAAAUUGCUUGUAGGCAAAAUUAGACACAUUCUGUCUAAUUUAGAAUAAGGAUCUGUUGAACUUAAAAAAUGAAGGACAACAUAGUUGAAAACACCAUUCCUAUGUUAUUUUGGAUUUAUUUCUACAAGCCAUUGAUCCCAGCUCACUAGGGCAGUAGUUCCCAGCCCAGUUCUCAAAGCACACUGACAGUCCAGGUUUUGUCAGUUUUCUCAUUGGCAUUUCCCGGAAAGACAUAAAUCCUGGACUGUGGUGGGUUUUAAGAACUGAGUUUCAAACCACUGGUCAAGUGAAAAGACAACUUAGCCACAGUUGCAUUCAGUUGGCUUGUUUUCUCUGCUAGAUAUAAGUGAAAGUAAAAUGUAAAUUGACUUCACUUAGUAACAAAACAAUGCUCAAUCAUAAAAUCCAAGAUGCCGAUCAUCUCGGACUUUAUGAUUGAGCACUGUUUUGUUACUAACAAAUGUUACAGGGCUUAGAUCUACAUCUUCUUGCAAAACAUCUAGGUAAUAACCAGUGGUGUAUUCUGGUUUUGUUCUGCCCUAGGCAUAACAAAACUCAGGCACCCUCCCACCCCCUUCCAAAUUUCUCUUCCUGACAGACACACGCCCUCACUGAUGCAUGCACUGACAUACACUCACAAAUACACAGUCAUUGUCACACACAUUGUUUAACCAACACACACUUUCACUGAAACAUACACAUCCACAGACAUACACACUCACUCAUUCACAGUUACAUUCACAGUUACACACACACUCACAUUCACCGACUGACACACAUAUAUACUAACUGACAGAUACGCAUUCACCAAAAGACACAUACUCACUCACCGACAAACACGCAUACACUCUCACUGACAAACACACAUACACACUCACUGACACAUAUAGACUCUCAGUGACAGACACACACUCACUAACACAUACACACUCUAACAGACACACACUAACACACUCACUAACAGACACACCAACACUCACUAACAGACACACUAAAACUCACAGACACACACACUCUCACCAACAGACACAAUAACAGUCACUAACAGACAAACACUAACACACACACUAACAGACUCACACUAACACUCACUAACAGACACAUUCACUAACAGACACACUAACACUCACAGACACACACAUACUGACUAAUAGAAACACUAACAGACAUACACUCACCAACAGACACACACUAACACUCACAAUUGAAAACAAUAAAAAAAAUUAAGUUUCAAUCCACCCAGCCUCCUACCUUUUGGAGUGUUAGAGAGGAUUUUUCCCUGUGGUCCAGUGGGGCUGGCUGCAGCUUGGCAGUCAGGCCAAGCCUCAGGCGGCGCAGCACUGCUGUAUGGAGGGCGGCUGGAUUUGAGUGACCGGCAGGAGGGAAUCGCAGAGUGCUCCCUCCUGCCGGUCUCUCAAUGUAGCAUGGGAAGUGCUGAAGGGAAGUGCUCACAGAAGUUCCUGUCCUGCGUUCCACGCCGCCCGGCAACGCUACAUAGGCAGGAAGGAAGAGGAGGGUAAGGACCACUAGGGGGGGUAAGGACCACUAGGGGAGGGGGGGUGGUAAGGAUCACUAGGGGAGGGGGGUGAUGACCACUAGAGGAUGGGAGGUAAGGACCACUAGGGGAGGGGGUUGGGUAAGGACCACAAGGGGAGGGGGGGUAAGGACCACUAGGGGAGGGGAAGGGGGUGAGUAAGGACUACUACAGGAGUUGGAGGGGGGGUAAGGAUCACAGGGGGAGGGGUAGUAAGGACCACAGUGGGAGGGGGAGUCAGUGGCGGAUCCAGAGCCUGAUCUCGGGAGGGGCACAAUAAAAUAAUCCAGACACAAUAACCACUACAGCUCAGUGUAGUAGUUAUGGUGCCAGUAGUGCCAGGAUCCCAUCCCAGAGUAAGUAGUCAAACCGUUUAAGAACAGUUUGACAACUUACCUGGGGUCUGCUGGGAUAUAGGGCAUAGGAGCAGUGGUAUGUGUUAGGGGUGAAGUGUGUAUUAAAGGUGCAGUGUGUGUGUGAGCGGUGAAGUGUGUGCGUGAGGGUGGCAGUGUAUGUCAGGGUUGCAGUGUGUGUGUUAGGGGGCAGUGUAUGUGUGGUGCAGUGUGUAUGUGAGGGGGCAGUGUGUGUGAGAGUUGCAGUGUAUGUGUGUUUGGGGCAGUGUGUGUAUGGGGGGGCACUGUAUGUGUGUGUGGGGCAGUGUGUGUAUGGGGGGCACUGUAUGUGUGUGUGGGGCAGUGUGUGUAUGGGGAGGCACUGUAUGUAUGUGUGGGGCAAUGUGUGUAUGGGGGCAGUGUGUGUAUGGGGCAAUGUGUGUAUGGGGCAAUGUAUGUGUAUGGGGCAAUGUGUGUAUGGGGUAGUGUAAAUAGGGGCACUGUGUGUAUGUGGGGGCAAUGUGUAUGGGGAAUGUGGGGCAGUGUGUGUAUGGGGUGGGUGUGGGGACAGUGUGUGGGGGUGUGUAUGUGUGUGUGUGUAUGUGUGUGUAUUGGGGCAGUGUGUAUGGGGUGUGUGUGUACAGUGUGUGUAUGGGGGGCAGUGUAUGUAUGUGUGGGGCAAUGUGUGUAUGGGGGACAGUGUGUGUAUGGGGCAAUGUGUGUGUAUGGGGCAAUGUGUGUGUAUGGGGCAAUGUGUGUGUAUGGGCAAUGUGUGUAUGGGGCAAUGUGUGCAUGGGGCAGUGUGUGUAUGGGGCAAUGUGUGUGUAUGGGGCAAUGUGUGUAUGGGGGCAGUGUCUGUAUGGGGGGCAGUGUGUGUAUGGGGGGCAAUGUGUGUGGGGGAGAAAUGUGUCUAUGGGUGUGCAGUGUUUGUAUGGGGGGAAGGAGAGUAGGGAGGCUUUUUAAUAUAUUUUUUAAAAUUUUUAUUUAAUAAAAUUAAUAUAAUUAUGUCCCCCCUCCCUGUUACCUUUAUUGAGGAGGAGGGGGGACAUUUCUCCAUCCCUGGUAAUCUGGUGGGGAUUCCCUGGUGGUCCCAGUGGUGGUGAGGUGAACUCUAGCCCUUUGCUCCAGGGCUAGAGUUCACUCUCUCGAGAUUUGGAGUGUUGCCGCGGCAACGCCCCAUGCUCACGAGAGUAGGACCUGGAGGAACUGCAGGUAAGAGCUCCUGGGUCCUCUCUCCUCUCUCUCCCUCCCCUGCCGGCUGUCAGCAAUGUGCCUGCAGACUGAGGAGGGAGAUUUCUGCUCUCCCUCCCAGAUCCGCAGGCACAUUGCAGGGCUGGCACUUGGACAAUGCCAGUCCUGCAUUAGCUGGCAGGGGAGAGCCUCGGGGGGGAGGGGGGGUGGCAUUGGCCCUGUUGCCCCCCCCUGGAUCUGCUAGUGGGGCGAGUAAGGACCACUGGGGGAGGAGAGGGAGGAGGGGAGUAAGGACCACUGAAGGAGGGGAGGUAAGGACCUAUGAGGAGGGGGGAGGUCCACCAAGGGGUUUGGGAGAGAGAAGACCACUAAGGGGGGGAGGAGGGAGGACCACUAAGGAGAGGGGAGGAGGGUAAGGACCACUAAGGGGAGGAUAAUGACCACUAAGGGGGGAUUACCACUAAGGGGGUGGGGGGAGGAGGGGAAGGUCUACUAAGGCGUUUGGGAGAGGGAGGACCACUAAGGGGUCUGGGAGAGGGAGGACCACUAAGGGGAGGGAUGGAGGACCACUAAGGGGGAGAGGGGGGAGUGAGAAGACCACCAAGGGGGGACUGCAGAGGGACAGGGGGCCAUCGGAGAGCACUAAAGGACAGAAGGGGAGAACACGGAGGGACAGGAAGGAAGGGGAAAUCAAUAAUUGACAGGAGGGGAGAGCACUAUGACAUUUUUUUUAAAAAUAAAGAGCUGCUCCCCUCUCAGUCCCUAUCCUACCCCACAAACCCUCUCUUUUACAUUACACACAUACACAAUGCAUCCCCGCACACACACAGAAACAUACAAUGCAUUCCUACUCACACACAGACACACCUGAAACACACAAUGCAUCCCUUACGUUCACACAAACACUCAUUCUCUUACACACAGAAACAAAAUGCAUCUCUUACACAAUCAAUGCACCCCUUACAGACACACACUGCAUUCAAUUACAUACACAGAAACACAUCUUGCACUCCUUGCACACACACCCAGAAACAUACAAUGCAUUCCUUACACGCAAACACACACUGCAUCCACUAUACACACACUACAUCCCUUACACAAAUUGGUAUCCCUAUACACUACAUUCUAUAAGAACACACACAUUGCAUCCUUUACAAAAACACAUAAAACAUCCCCUAACCACAUACUCACUUCCUGUGAGAGAACUCAUGGGUGGGCCAUGUAGGUGGAUUUAUGGGUGGGCAUUGUAGGCAUACUCACGGUCAAGCCUUGGGGGCCCAGACCUUGAGCUGUGUAAGGGCCCUAAAAAAUGGAGCUGCUUCCUGUUAGUUAAUUGUUGUGAGCACUGUUAAAAACAGUCUCCAGAGAUCCUCUUCUACACCAGACCUGUGGAGCCAGACUGAGCCCAUCAUCAGCCUGUUGUCCUCAUCUGGUGGUAAGUAGGCAAUCCAAUAUAUUAUUAGUGGCACUAAUCUCUAAUUUACCUCACAUUAAAUGGAUAAAUAGUCACCAGAAGCACUACAGCAUAAUGUAGUGGUUAUGGUGUCUAUAGCCUGUGCCUGUAGGCUUUUUAAUGUAAACACACUGUCUUUUCAGAUAAAAGACGCUUAGUGAAGACUGGCGUUGGCCCAUAUGGAAGAGCAUAUGGGCGGGGCAUUGUGAUGUCACAUGGUGAGCAGGACAUAUGGGGGGGCGGCAAAUAUUUUUUUGCCUAGAGCGGCAAAAAUCCUUGCACGGGCCCUGAUACCGGGGCCUGGGUGAUGUCAUAUUCCGGCUCCGGCAUCACUGUGGUGCGCGCAAGGGAGAUGAGCAGGGAAGAACUCCUGGGAAGAGAGCUCCCUCGCCGCCCGCCUGAAACAUGAGCACAUGCCAGCCUUGGGGGAGCCUUAAGGUGACCAGCUGGCCAGCUCCUGGGCCCCCCAGGACAAGAGGCUGGCAGGGCAUUUGCCAGGGCGCAAAUGCCUUGUCAGCUUCGCGGUAAAUACACCGCUGGUAACAAAAAGGGUAGAAAUGAUAGUGAUGCUCAGUGGCAGACAAUUUACCCAACCAGCAAUAUAUGCUAUUCAAAUAUAUGGUUUAUAGUAUUAAACAAGGUCUACAACUCCAAUAUGCAGUCAUUUGGAUUUUUUUUACUAAGCAGGGAACUGCGGAGAACCAGGCUUGCUAUUAGGGGGCAGCACUUUGGUAAGGGGUGUUUGCUAGCAUCCCAUAAUGCUAUGUGGUCCACUUAUGGAGAUAGAAAUGUCUUUGCCAAUUGGAUUGCAUUGAAGAUCUGUCAAUGAGUGAGCCCUUUAACUGACUGCACUGACAGCUCCCCUUGCACUAGUGGGAGAAUAUUCUUCCCAAUGAAUAGGAUGCUCAGAGCGGGAUUAAGAUCUCACAGGGCCCUAGGCAGGUUACAAGAUUGGCGGUUCUCCUUCAUUCUUCACAUAGCGAAUGGUUAAUGAGGCCAAGCUAAUUCAUAGUUCCUGGAGAGUGUAUUUUAUACAUUUUAAUGCGCUUGUGUCUGGCAGGUUGUAUCUAUAUGUGUUUGCCUGCAUGUAUCUGUGUGUAUUUGUCUGGCAGGAUGUAUCUGUGUGCAUGUAUGUCAGUGUGUGUCUGACAAUCUGUAACUGUGUGUUUGGCAGUGUGUAUAUGUAUGUGGUGAGGAAUGUAUGUCUGUGCUUGUGUCUGGCAGUAUGCAUCUGUAUGGGUGUCUAGCAAUGUGUUUUGUGUGGCAGGUUGUAUCUGUCAGUGUGCUUGUGUUGGAAAAACAUAUGUAUGUGUACUGGUGUAUGCAUAUCUACAUGUGUGGGAAUGUGUGUGUCUUUGUGAGUAUGUAUCUUUGUAUAAGGUGAUUUUGUAAAGGGGCUCAAUAUUUCUGAUGGAUAAUCAGAUAACAUAAGAGCGUCUGAAUUUAGUAAAAAGCCACGAACAUUUAAAAUAAAAUAUUUUUAAUAUGUAAUUAAAUGGAAAAUCACUCUUUGUGGGUGUAAAUUAAUUUGUGUCAUACUAGUUUAAAACAGCUUGCAGGGACCCUCCCUCAUUUAUGUUUGAUGUAGUUGUGCAAUGCUUUCCAGCCCAGUCCUCAACAGUCCAAGUUGUAAUUUUUGGAUUGCAAUCUCACUGAUAAAACUCAUUCAGUUCUAGUUGAUAAUCAGAAAACAUUAUUGGUGGAAUACUGAUCUCAUUUUAAUGCACCCAAAUAUUAUUAAUUCAGUUAUAAUCAACCAAUUGUAAGUGGACAUUUUUUAAUAUAUUACAGCUACAAAAAUUGCCAAUGGGUGAUUGACUAGAACUGCACAAGACAAUUUCAUGAAGAUUAGUUGGUUAUAAUUAAGUCUUAGUAUAUUUGUGAUGGAUUGAUUUAGCACCCUUGAUAUUGCCGGUUACUUUAGGAAUGCUAAAUUAAUUCGUGUAACCAUUUUCAGAUUUUCUUUCAUUAUUUGGGAUAUUCUUUAAAACUGUGAAUUAUGAAAAAUUUACAAGAUUGUUGAAAAUAAAAAUAAUUUCCAACUCUAUUAUUAGUUCAUAUUUACUAUUUUGGCCCAAAAUUGCAAUUCUUAUCAGUUUUGCACAAUUCAACAUAUAGUGAAUAAACUACUAAAGAAUUCAUUCUCAAAAUAGUAAACCAUUCUUUGACAGCAAAUGUGUGACAUAUGUGACAGAAAUAUAGGAACACUUUGAAAAAUAAGAAAAUCUAAAAGCUGUGCUGUUGCAGCCAAACUGUUUUGCCCUAAACUACCCAACAGUUUUUUUCAGCUUGCUAUUUACUGAAGAAAUCACGAUUACUAAAUACAGUUACAUAAUUCAUACUCUAAUUCUUCUUCUUCUUUUUUUUUUUUUUGUACAGAAAUGAAGAGGCUGUCUGGAUGCGGAAUGCUUUUCAUUGCUUUCUUAAUUAUGUAAAAAUUGUAGUAAAUACUUUUAUAUAGCAACAAUGAUGUUUUUGUACAUGCUGUAAACCAGACAAAGCAGAGGCAUUAUUUAAUGAUGUUUCUAAACUGCAGUAGAUUAUGUAAAUAGUCCUAAUUUUCAAACAAAUAAAAUGGCGAUGCGUGCGUUUUUUGUUGAAGCUGAGAUAAUAGCAAAACUCUUACUUGCUCUGCUAAAUGCCCAUUUUACAAUAAGUUAAAAAAAUUCCUUACUAUUUAUUGUGAAUAUUAUUUAGCAUACACAUCUUAAAUCUAAUUUUUCUUUGCCAGAGCUGAAGGGUUCUGUUGGCCAUCCAAAGAGUUUACCUGUUGAUCUGUCAUACUAGUAGUCCAAAAGGGUUCAAUACAUGUGCUCACUACUAUGCAAUGCUGAGCAUGCAUAAGUACAUUUUAAAGGUUCAUUCAAAACUUCAAGUGGCUGCCAUCUUUAAUUUGUACUUAAAGUUAAAAAAUAAAUAAAAAAAUUAACAAUAAUUUAAAAAAAAACUACUCACCUGCAGUUAUUGUAAAUGCAAUUCUUUAGAAAUCCAGUUGCAAUCUCCUGGCCCAGUGCAUAUUAUCAACGGUUAAUAUAUUAUAGGGAUAAGCCCUAAUAUGCCUGGGUUUUUCCUGCCCCAAUACAAAUAUGUAGGUGCCAGGACACUUGGUAUCUCUAGGCUACGUUAUCCCAUCACUGCCUCACAGACAGCCCACCGGGUGGAAGAAAAGAAUAAACUAUACACUGGUAUUAUUACUGUCACAAAUCAGGUCACUCCAGAUAUGCAUGUGACUUGCUUAAGUGGGUGGAAGGAAUAAUAUAAAUCACCCCUUUACUGCAAUAGAUGAUUGCAAUAAUAAAAAUCACCCCAUAUAAUGAUAUAAUAAUCAAUUUUAACACCACAAUUAUAGUAUCUUCCCACUAAAACUAUUUCAAAAUGGGGAGUCCUAGGUUACCAUAACCCAACCAAAUUAGAUUGAAAGCCAACAAAAACAUUUUUGCAAAAAUAUCUAUGAAACCACAGUACUAUUAUACAAGUCUCUUCGAGUAACAUGGUUCUUGUACCAGUCAAGAGCAAAAUAUUUAUUAUAAACAACAAAUAGUCACAGUGCAUACAAAUAUAAUUAUAUUCCAAGCAAAUUGAGAAAAUUAAUAGGAAAUCCCUAAUACUCAAUUUAUGAGCGAAGUACCAGUCUCGAGAGAGCUUUUGGUAAUGAAAUGGCAAUCUACUGCAAAUGCAAUUUGGCUCUCAGAAUGGAUUACAAAGUUUUUUUUAGGUUUCAUCAGAGAUUGUAUAGACUUUGUCUGGCUCAGCUCAGAAUAUAAGAUGGCCACCCUACAAUUAAUGUAUUUCAAACCUGUUUGGGAUUGUACAAUCCAACAUACUUAGAUACAUAUACUCCCAGACCCGUUGUUAGAUUAGCUCUGUGAUACAAGAUAAUUAAUUUGAGACCAAGCCUGAAAAUUAUUUCAUACAUAAUACCUCAAAAUAAAAUAGCAUCUAAAAUCACUCACCAAACUUUAAGUGAAUGACCCUUCAUUGAACUUACAAUAAGCAUUGCAAGUGUUGUGUUGUUCCUCAAUCCCUCUCCAACAUAUUAGAUAAGGUUUCAGUAAUAAAUAGCAUCCAACCUUAGAACAAGAUACCUUUGGAAAUACCUCCAAACCAUUUGAUUUACAAACCGGAAAAUAAAACGUGCCUGCCUUGCUGUCCAUAUCAGGGGAUCUUUCAAAUGUCACCAGCAAGAUUAGCCUGUUAUUAUUGGUGUACAAUAGAAACCAAUUUAAUUUCUCCCGUUCUUAAUUAUGAUAUGCUAAAGUUUUGGCAGUUAUUAAACUGCUUAUUUGCCAUAUCUUCACUGCAAUGCCAAUUUCUAAUGAGCUAAGCUCAAGUAAAUUGCUGAGUAGAGAGUGCAAAGGUAAUGGCUCUCCCAAGCAUGCCAAAACAAGGUAUCACACAGUUUAAAUGAAGAGACAAGCAAAUAUCUCCCUUAUGAUAUAUAACAUAUUUAUCUUUUUUCAUAUAACUAUUGUUCUCCAUUUUGUUUGUUCCAUUGGCACUCUUCUAAAUAUAUUUACACAAAACUUGUGAAUGUAUUCAAGCUGGAAAAACAAUAUUAGAGAAAUUUCUUUAUUUCACAGGAUAAAAAAGAAUGAGUGAUGAACUAUAUUCAGUGUUAAUAAAAAGAGGAACAUUACCUCCAGGCAUAUACUGUCAUUUUAGUUUGAAAAGGCCCAUGGGAGUUUUAGUUUUCUAACAGCUGGUCCAGUAUUGGAAACCACUGUUCUAGAAAAUUUAAGCUGGAAUGUGCAGUGGACCUUUAGUUAAUAUGCUAAUUAUAUGUUUAAUUAAUAUGCUAAUUAUAUGCUUAUUAUAUGUUAAUUAUUUGCUGUGCAUGCACACUAGUAUACCAAUGCUUCUCUAUGGGGAAGUUUUGGAUAGGCUGAGAUAACCUCAAGCAAGGAGGUAGGAUCAGCAGCAAGACAAAUAGUGCUGCAAGGGAUAAAAGUUUAAUAAAUAUGUUUUUUUUUUUUUUUUACUUAACAUAUUUUUGCAGUAAGUAGGAGUUUAUAGCAUUAGAAAUACAAAUUUGUAUUCCUAACGCUAUAGUGUUCGUUUAACUAUGGCAAUACUUUUAUAAUUUAAAGUUAUAUACUUUUCCUGAAUGAUUUAAUAUUUGUUGAUAAACUUUUAAAAAGAUUUAAAAUUGUGCAACAUAUUUUAAUUUUGUAAAAUUUUGACUUUUUAGUUAUAAAUUAAAAGUUUUUUAUAUGUUGAAAACAUUAUUUAAAAAGUUUAUCUAAAAACAAAUCAUUUGGAAAGCUUAUCUAAAAAUAUUAAAUCAGGGCCUUAGCUCU